AAAUAAAGAAGAAAAAGCCGGGCAUCCUUUUCAAAAAUAGAUAAUAAAUUUUAAUCCACAGAAUGACCGGUGGAGGCAGAGAUAAUAGACGUGACAGAGAUCGAGGUGGAAGGAGAGAUAGAGGAGGAGGGGGAAGAUUUCGUGAUCGACGAAGUGGAGGUUUUAAUGACAGACAUGGUGGGGGAGGUCGGUUUGAUGGUGGAGGGAGAUUCGAUGGACCUGGCAGAUAUGAUGGAGGAAAUGAUAUGUAUGGUCAAGGACCUGGAUAUGGGCCAGGGUUUGGUGGAGGGGGACCUAACUUUAAACCCCCCGUUGUUUUACCCCCUGGAAAUGAAGAUUAUUGGGAAUAUCGAGAUUCUGAAGAUGAGAUAGCACCAAAAGCAGAUGACACGUUUGAAGUGGAAGCCAAGCGUCAAAAACUGGAAAUUGAUGAUGGUCUUUUACCAGGCGUGGAGGGAGAUAAAGGAGAAAACAAAGAAAAUUCAGAAAGCGGAGAGAAAAAAGAUGCCCCUAAAUCUCUUCUGGACCUCAACAUGGAAGACAUGGUUGAUGAUUAUUACGAAUAUUUUGAUGGUGGUCCGAAUAUUUCUCACCGACGUGCUCGUCAGUUGCUUGAUGGGAUUGAGGCUGAUGAGCACGGAAUGGACGCUUAUGGUGGGAUGCAGAAUCAUGGACGAGUUUACAAAGUCAUUGCAGGAGAGUACAAAUUCUUUGACGGACCUGGCCCCAAAUCGACAGAGCUGAUCAAGAUAGGACAAGAUGGCCGCCGGGUCUCACCUGAAGAAAAAUUGUUCAUAUUUGUCCAGUUUCUUCUCAAGAAUCCUUUCACUAAAGAUACGUCCACUGCUGUUCUGGAAGAUGCUCGAAAUAAGAUGAACCCCAAACAAGCCAUCAAACUGGUCUACCAUUUAGUCCCUGAGGAAGAUGACGUCAUUUGCAGUAUGUACAAAUGUACAUUUUAUGCUGCUGGUUUCAAAAUUGUGGAAGUUGAAGCCCCUACGAAAACAGAAGCCAAAGAACUAGGUGCUGAAAAGGGACUUUACACUUUGAUAACGAAAACCUUUAAUGAAAUUUGUCCAAGCAAUUACCACGUUGAAUUUGAUGACGGCCAUUAUGAAACUAAGGUCAAAUAUAGUCGCGAGCAUAACAGAGAUGACGGCGAUCAGGAAGAGAAAGAUGAAGAAUCAGAGGAAAAAGAUGGUCAGCAUGACAGACGUCGCGAUGGACGUAGAAAGGGACCAACAUGGAGAAGCCCAAAAUUGAUCAUUCGUUUACAAGUCAUGAAGAAAGUCCUCACUGGAACUCACGUUAGCAACGCUUAUUCUGAUAUGGAGGCUGCUGCAUACACUUGCCAGGUGGCGCUGUGUAUCGUCUGCUACAAGAAGACCAAAUUGUCUGGUGAAUCUGAUCCCAUGAGAUGUGAGAUGUAUGCUGAUGAGAUGUUUCUGGGUAGUGGAAGCGGAAACAACUUCCAGGAAGCUCAACAAGAAGUUUACAGAUCGGCACGAGACAAUUUCUUACGAACUUCAGUCCACAAUAUGUUAAUGAAUAGCAAACGACUCUCUGAACUAGAUAGAGAUGACCCCAAUAUUUUGGACAUCGUCUACAGAGGUCAUUAUCAAGAAAUAGGUUCAAACAAUGGUAGCUUAAAAACAUAUGAUAUCUACCCAGCUGAUAAAGACAGAAACGUUGACGAUCUUGUCAUAUUUGAGUUCGAAGCCAGUCAAGCCAAGGCCCCAUUCCAUAAUCUUAAAAGCAGUGCCACUAAAUCUCAUAUGUUGUUUGAAUGGGUUCUAUCAGCCAAAGAUGACAAGUCGAAUUGCAGAUGUAUGGUAUUCCUACAGACUAAGCUGGUAGCUGAUGUUCGAGGCUCAUCAAAAGUCAAUGCCAAAAAAGCUGCUGCAGAGAAAAUCAUCUCCGAAUACAGUUUAACUCAUACUAUCAUUAGGUGUGCUCCAGUAGAUUAUUCCUGUCCCACUUUGACUUAUGAACAGUUGAAGGAACAAGCAAUUCAGCUCAGUGGACAGGAGGAGCCAAGCGAGGAGGAACUAGCACCGUUCUUGCUGCAAGCCAUCGAGUUAGUCAUCCAGCAGAAGAUUGAAGAAGGAACUUUAGAACCAGUCAUUUUCAACGAAGAUAUCUCGGGCGACUUACGCAAACAUGUGAAAAAGUACGCAGAAACAAAUAAUUACCCCCUCAUGGAAAAACCUUCAGAUACACGCAGGCACUUGAUUUUACAACGCAAAAUGUUUACUGCAACCGAUAUGCUUGAAACCCUAGACCAAAGUAAUUGUGUAAAUGGAAAGUACAAAUUGAUGCAGAAACGCCAAGACGAGCUUUUGAUAACUUAUUUCAAUACAGAAGGAACAGAACAACUACAUCCACCAGAGGUCUCUAGUAUCGCUGAUGUGUUGCAGAGACACGCCCAAGCUGAAGCUGAAGCUGAAGCUGAAGCCGAAGCAGAAGCCAUUACUGCUGAAGAGGAGAUCAAAACAGAAUAAAUUUCACGGAUUUUUCAUUUCAUUUUUUGUAAAAAUAAGCAUUUUAAGUUUUUCAUUUUGAAUCAGGAGUAGAGUGCUUUUAUAAUUCGAAAAAUUUGAGGCAAACUACAAAGUUGUAAAUUUGUUAUUGGUAAUUUUAGAUAUGUCCAACUUUAAGAAAUUGUUACAACCAACUUUAUAUUUUUAAGGAUUUUUGUUAGGGAAAGGCAUCUAGAAAAAAACUUUGACCAAAUUCUACUCGUUUUGACAUCUUGUAUACAAUUAUGUUGCAAAUUUUGUCUCAAUUUCCUGCAAAAGUCUAAAUAUUAAAAAAAGAAAUAACAAUUAUUAUGUUACAAAUUGCUAUCUAUGUAUUUAUAUGUAGAAUGCCUAUUCAAAGGGAAAUAACUGCAUUCAUUUAUAUUUCACCAUUCAGUAUAGCAAUUCAGUCAUUACAUUUAGAGUCCUUCAUAUAUAUUAACCAAGCAUUUAGGAGAUCAUGAUUGAAUCUGUUGUCAUUGAAAUCAAAUGUCAGAAUAAAGAUUUUAUAUAAGUUGUAUUCUGAAAACU